AUGAAGGGUCAGCAUGGGGAAGCAAAUGUGUCCUUCUGGGAUGAGAAGAUGAGGGGGCGUUGGAAUGGCUUGAAGAUUCCCUCUUAUAUUGGACCAGGGCCUAAGCUAGGUAAAGGUAAAAGGAAAACUUGUGUUUGGAAACCACCUAAGAUGGGAUGGUUUAAGCUAAACUUUGAUGGAGCCUCCAGAGGUAAUCCAGGACAGACUCGCAUUGGUUGUUGUCUUCACAACUUAGAUGGGACCGAGGUGACUCAAAGGGCUAAACCAGUAGGCAUUGGAACUAACAAUAGGGCAGAAUUCAUGGCACUAGUGGAAGGGCUCGAAAUGUGCAGGGCAUUAGGAGUGAAAUUGGUUGUCGAAGGGGAUUCGACCAUUAUAAUCAACACUAUGAGAAAAGGAUCCAUUCUAAACUGGAGGUUAGAUGUGUUUCUCAAUAAAGCUUUAAACCUGAGCAAGGCCUUCAAGAAGAUCAUAAUUAAUCACAUCUUCGACAAGGGUAAUUCUGAGGCGGAUGAAUUAGCUAAUAUGGGGGCAGAUGGGAUCUACGUAGACUAA